GGCGUUCAUUAGUGUAUGCGUGCGUGCGUGUGUGUGUGUGUGUGUGUUAUUAUUAUUGUUAAGGUUAACCAACAAGUUAGUUAAAUGCUUAAGAGCUUGCGUAUUUAGUUAAUUUUAUGAGUUAAGUGCAACGUACAGAAGCUACAGAUGCUGCGCCUACUCCUAACCAACUGCAGUCGCGGCGAUAUGCUCAGCCGCAGCCUGUUGCAGCAGCUGCCGCAGUCGCAGCUCGGUCCGCGCCUGCAGAACGCCAGUCGCCUGAUGCGCCAGCAUCAACAGCACAUGUGGCGUCCACAUGGUUCGCCCAGCGGCAGCGGCAGCUGCCGGGCCAAGCUGCAGACGAGCCGGGCGCUGCUCUGGGGCGGCGCCACUUUGGGCGUGGGCGUGGCCAUGCGCAGCUGUUGGACAUCGCGUUCGCUGGUCGCCCACUGCGAGGGCAAUCGGCUGGCGGGCGUCAUACAGCACACACUGGAGCAGGAGGAUCAGAACUUUGACUGGCGGCGUCUCUGGACAUAUCUGGAGCCGCACACCUGGGAGCUGAUAGGCGCCGUUCUGGUAAGUCCAGCUGUCAUCACGUUUCGAUGCACUGCAUCCGCACUUUGCACAUUGCAGGCGGCGCUAAUUGUGGCCUUCAUCAAUAUACGCAUACCCAAUCUGCUGGGGGAUCUGGUGAACACCCUCGCGCGCUAUGCCAACACGUACGUGAUGGAUCCGAUCAACAACUCCUUUGUCAAGGAUGUGAGCAAGCCGGCCAGCAAUUUGCUUAGUUUGUAUCUGUUGCAGUCGGGCUUCACGUUUGUGUACAUCUAUUUGUUGAGUCGCGUGGGCGAGCAGAUGGCCGCCAGGAUGCGUCAGGAUCUGUUCAAGCAAAUCGUCCUGCAGGACAUCUCGUUUUUCGACGAGAACCGCACAGGCGAGCUAGUGAACCGGCUGACCGCCGACGUCCAGGACUUCAAGACCUCGUUCAAACAAUUCGUCGCCCACGGCCUGCGCAGCUCCGCCCAGCUUAUUGGCGGCAGCGUCUCCCUGUUCAUGAUCUCGCCCCAUAUGGCCGCCAUAGCGCUGGCCAGUGUGCCGUGCGUGGUCAUGUUCAUGUCGUAUCUGGGACGCAAGCUGCGCGCGCUCAGCAAAAACUCACAGGCUCAGACGGAACGCGCGACGGGCGUCUGCGAGGAGGCCUUAUCCAACAUACGCACCGUGCGCUCCAGCGCCUGCGAAUACCGGGAGAUGCAGUUGUUCGAGCAGGAAACCAACGAGGCGGCACGCCUCGCCCAGGAGCUGGGCUAUGGCAUCGCUGUCUUCCAGGGUCUGACCAAUUUUUUCCUCAACACACUUGUGCUCUCCACGCUCUUCAUGGGCGGCCAUCUGAUGUCCACGGAGAGCCUAACGCCCGGCGCCCUAAUGGCAUUCCUGGUCGCCUCGCAGGGCGUGCAGCGCUCCCUGUCGCAGGGAUCCGUGCUGCUGGGCACCAUGAUACGCGGCAUGACGGCCGGCAGCCGAGUCUUUGAGUUCCUCUCGCUGCAGCCGAAGGUGGAGCUGUCGCGUGGCUAUAUUAUACCGCCGGAGCGUCUGCAUGGCGAGAUCCGUUUCGAGAAUGUCUCCUUUGCGUAUCCGAUGCGACCAGAUCAUAUCGUGCUGAAGGACUUCAGUCUGACGCUGCGUCCCGGCCAGACCGUGGCCCUGGUCGGCGCCAGCGGUUCCGGCAAAUCCACAAUAGCCGCACUCCUCGAACGCUUCUAUGAACCCACCUCCGGCAACAUCAAGCUGGACGGCUAUAAGCUGUCGGACAUCUCACCAUUUUGGCUGCGCGCCAAUGUUUUGGGCUUCAUCGAGCAGCAGCCCAUACUCUUUGGCACCAGCAUCCUGGAGAAUGUGCGCUAUGGCAAACCGGAUGCCAGCCAAACGGAUGUCUAUGAUGCCUCCAAGCUGGCCCAAUCCCAUGACUUUGUCACCGCCCUGCCCGAUGGCUAUAAUACGCAUGUGGGCGAGCGCGGCACACAGCUGAGCGGCGGGCAGCGCCAGCGCAUUGCCAUUGCCCGGGCCCUGGUCAAGAAUCCGCGCAUCCUCAUACUGGACGAGGCGACCAGUGCGCUGGAUGCCACCAGCGAAUCGGAGGUGCAAAAGGCCCUCGACACUGCCGUACAGAAUCGCACCACAUUGGUCAUCGCGCACAGGCUGUCCACGAUACGCAACGCGGAUCUGAUUGUGGUCAUGGAUCAGGGACGCGUAGUCGAGACGGGCAAGCAUGAUGAGCUGAUGGCGCGACGUGGUCUGUACUUCGAGCUAGUGCGUCAGCAGGAGCGACGCGAGAUCCAGGACCAAGGCCAGGUCGUCGUGGAGGAGGAGAGCCUGCCACAGAACACAGUACAAUAAUACGAAACGAAAGAACAUAUUAACAUAUAGCGCAUAUAUGAUUCCCUGUACAUACAUUUUAU